AUGAAACUUAUCCAGCUAAUUCCCAAAAUGUAUUAAUUUCAUUUACUUCAAGAGAAACUGAGAGAUUUGCUUAGAGUGAUUCAAGAAUUUUAGCUAUUGGACCUCCUCUGCUUACACUUUCUAUUUAUUAGAUUAAAGCCAAGUUCAAAAAUGUUUCAAUGUCAUUUUUUUUUAAAGAUUGA